GUUCCGGGCCAGCUCCCCUGAGUCCGGCCUUCCGUCCUGGUGUGUAGCGUCCGCGGACCGGUGGACGAGUGGACAGACGGAGCCGGAGCCAGUCAGCGCAGUGGGUGGGGGGCGCGGGGCUGGGCGCGGCGGGGAGAGACGCGACCGGAGCCGGCCCGGCGCGCCGCGGUCACCUCGGAGCCGGGACUCCCUAUCCGGCCGGCCGCGGGCGCGAUGAAGGCGUUGAUCUUAGUGGGCGGCUAUGGGACGCGCCUGCGGCCGCUGACACUAAGCAUCCCGAAGCCCCUGGUGGACUUCUGCAAUAAGCCCAUCCUGCUGCACCAAGUGGAAGCGCUGGCCGCGGCUGGCGUGGACCACGUGAUUCUGGCCGUGAGCUACAUGUCUCAGGUGCUGGAGAAGGAAAUGAAGGCGCAGGAGCAGAGGCUUGGAAUCCGAAUCUCCAUGUCCCAUGAAGAGGAACCUCUGGGGACAGCCGGGCCCCUGGCUCUGGCCCGCGACCUGCUCUCCGAGACUGCAGACCCUUUCUUCGUCCUCAACAGUGACGUGAUCUGCGAUUUCCCUUUCCAAGCCAUGGUGCAGUUCCACCGGCACCAUGGCCAGGAGGGCUCAAUCCUGGUGACCAAAGUGGAGGAGCCCUCGAAGUAUGGUGUUGUGGUGUGUGAGGCCGACACAGGCCGCGUUCACCGCUUCGUGGAGAAGCCGCAGGUGUUUGUGUCGAACAAGAUCAAUGCGGGCAUGUACGUCCUGAGCCCUGCUGUGCUGCAGCGUAUUCAGCUGCAGCCCACGUCCAUUGAGAAGGAGAUCUUCCCUGUCAUGGCCAAGGAGGGACAGCUAUAUGCCAUGGAGCUACAGGGCUUCUGGAUGGACAUUGGGCAGCCCAAGGACUUCCUCACCGGCAUGUGCCUUUUCCUCCAAUCACUGCGACAGCAGCAGCCUGAGCAACUGCACUCAGGUCCUGGCUUUGUGGGCAACGUGCUGGUGGACCCAAGUGCCCGCAUUGGUCAGAACUGUAGAAUUGGUCCCAACGUGAGCCUGGGUCCUGGCGUGGUGGUGGAGGAUGGCGUGUGUAUCCGGCGGUGCACAGUGCUGCAGGGGGCCCACAUCCGCUCCCACUCCUGGCUCGAGUCCUGUAUUGUUGGCUGGCGCUGCCACGUGGGGCAGUGGGUGCGCAUGGAGAAUGUGACGGUGCUGGGUGAGGACGUCAUAGUCAACGACGAGCUCUACCUCAACGGGGCCAGUGUGCUGCCCCACAAGUCUAUUGGCGAGUCAGUGCCAGAGCCACGCAUCAUCAUGUAAGGGGUGCUGUUGCCCCUUCAGCAAGGGAACCCUGGCUUGACACUCAAAGGCCCUAGACUCUGCCAUUUGUCUGGGGAGAUCUGAGCAAAGCUGAAUCUGUUGGACACCUGCCUUCUCCUGUGGACAUAACUGGCUGGACCUUCUGGGUAUACCCCACAAAGCCCGUUCUCUCAAGAAGGGCCGGGCCAGGGCUGUAUGGAAUAAUAAUUUAAUGCUCACUGUG